AUGAUCUCCACCACGCUACUGGUAUGGGGCUCUCCUGCCACAGCCGCAAGCGGACGAAGGCUGUGGUACUCUCCUAAUUCUAUCAUCAAAACCUCGACGUCGCAUGAUUGGCACUACAGAGCAGCUAAUGAAAGGCAGAGAAAGAGGGGGAGACUGAAUAUAGCGUCCCAAGAAGCAAGUAGCAAACAUCGUGGCAUGCCAAGACAGUUUAGUGGUCGUGGGACCGUGGGACGACAACCCUCUUUGACGAAAGAGCUCUACUAA